ACUCUAUCUCAAUCCGCGCCCGGCUGCAUUGUUGCUCCUUCUUUAUCACUCCCCUUGGUUGCCGCGCCUACCUAGCUGGUGCACAACGCCGCAUCCACCUGGUGUGUGCGUCAAAAAUAAACGAAAUACCAACACACGCACACAUACACGUGUACGUCAGUUCGUCCGGCAUGGUCGCAUGGUGAAUCUACGUUAGUGCUUUCUGGGAACGAGCAAGAGCAAAAAAAAGGGAAGGCUGCCACAUAUAUAAAUAUCGGCAUCCGGCGGAAAGCAGAAAGCAAGGCAACCGAAACGCCGUGGCGCGCGGCACCCUCUCCCCCCCACCGGUCACCGGUCGUGCGGACGUGUAGGCCUCGUGUGCGUGUGUGUGUGUUUGCGAAAAGUGUGCGAAAAGAUGCUGCUGGCGACGGUGCGGCAGCUGGUACGGCGAGCCGGUGUGACGGCGUGGACGGUGCACCAGGGCGGCCGGUUGGCGGCGGCCCCACCACUGCCGGCAUUACUGCCGUCCACCGUGCAGACGCCGCUCGGCACCACCGAGACGGUGCGAUGGAAAUCGAAGCGACAGAAAAUUGAGCUGAAGCGCCGGCUCAAAGCCGAAGCGAAGGAAAAGGAAAAGCAGGAAAAGAGCGCGGCCGCGGCCCAGGCCACCGAUGGCGGGCAGGUGGACAAGAAGCAGCCGGCGAAGGAGAACCUGGACGAGAUUUCGCCGAACGAGUACUUCAAGCUGCGCAGUGCGGCCGUCGCCGAGCUGAGGAAGAGCCCGGACACGCACCCGUACCCGCACAAGUUCAGCGUGACCGUCUCGCUCGGCGAGUUCAUCGAGCGGUACAGCGGGCUGCAGGACGGCGAAACGCUCGACGAUGUGACGGUGAGCGUGGCGGGCCGGGUGCACGCGAUCCGCGAGUCCGGCGUCAAGCUGAUCUUCUUCGACCUGCGCGGCGAGGGCCUGAAGCUGCAGGUGAUGGCGAACGCGAAGGCGUACGAGAGCGAGCAGCUGUUCUUCGAGGAGACGGCCCGGUUGCGGCGCGGCGACAUCAUCGGCGUGACCGGCGUGCCGGGCAAGACGAAGAAGGGCGAGCUGUCGGCGAUGGCGCGCCGUAUCAAGCUGCUGUCGCCGUGCCUGCACAUGCUGCCCCACCUGCACUACGGGCUGAAGGACAAGGAGACGCGGUUCCGGCAGCGCUACCUCGACCUGAUACUGAACAACAACGUGCGCAACAUCUUCGUGACGCGCGCGCUCAUCAUCAGCUACGUGCGCCGGUUCUUCGACAACCUCGGCUUCCUCGAGGUGGAGACGCCGAUGAUGAACAUGAUACCGGGCGGCGCGACGGCCAAGCCGUUCAUCACGCACCACAACGACCUGAACAUGGAUCUGUUUCUGCGCAUCGCGCCCGAGCUGUACCUGAAGAUGCUGACGGUCGGCGGGCUCGACCGGGUGUACGAGAUCGGGCGCCAGUUCCGCAACGAGGGCAUCGACCUGACGCACAAUCCCGAGUUUACCACGUGCGAGUUCUACAUGGCGUACGCGGACUACAACGACAUCAUCGACAUCACGCAGCAGCUGCUCUCGGGCAUGGUGCACACGAUCCACGGCUCGUACAAGGUCAAGUACCAUCCGGACGGGCCGGAGGGUGACGAGUACGAGAUCGACUUUACGCCCCCGUUCCGGCGCAUCUCGAUGAUCAGCUCGCUGGAGGAGGCGCUGAAGGUAACGUUCCCGGCGGCGGACCAGCUGCACACGCCCGAGGCGGUCCAGUUUCUGGACGCGCUGUGCGUGAAGCACGAGGUCGAAUGCAAGCCGCCGCGCACCGCCGCCCGCCUGCUCGACAAGCUGGUGGGCGAGUUCCUGGAGGAGACGUGCAUCAACCCGACGUUCAUCUGCGACCAUCCGCAGAUCAUGAGCCCGCUCGCGAAGUACCAUCGCAGCGCGACCGGCCUGACCGAGCGGUUCGAGCUGUUCGUGAUGCGCAAGGAGGUGUGCAACGCGUACACCGAGCUGAACGAUCCGGCGGUGCAGCGGGAGCGGUUCGAGCAGCAGGCCGCGGACAAGGCGGCCGGCGACGACGAGGCCCAGCUGGUGGACGAAAACUUCUGCACCGCGCUCGAGUACGGCCUGCCGCCGACCGGCGGCUGGGGCAUGGGCAUCGAUCGGCUCACCAUGUUCCUGACCGACUCGAACAACAUCAAGGAGGUGCUGCUCUUCCCGGCCAUGAAGCCGGACGACCCGAACCGCAAGCAUCCGGCGUCGGUUGGGGCCGGCGGCCCCGAGCCGGGCAGCAGUGAUGCUUAGAGAAAGCGAGAGUGUGUGUGAGAGAGAGAGACGGGCAUUUCAUCGCGACGGAGCGGCGACUGACCGCUUCCAUUGAUUGUGUGUAUAGCGUUUGCUAAUCUUGCAGAAGUAAAACUGUCUAUCUAUUAACUUA